AUGGAAUCUGAAGCAGAAAUUAAGGGAAAGACCUUGAAGAACAUGGGCAGUCAGGUCUGCCAGAUCUGUGGUGAUAACUUGGGCUCGACUGUUGAUGGUGAGCCAUUUGUUGCUUGUGAUGUCUGUGCAUUUCCAGUUUGCAGGCCUUGCUAUGAAUAUGAGAGGAAGGAUGGGAAUCAGUCUUGUCCUCAGUGCAAAACCAGAUACAAGAGACACAAAGGAAGUCCUGCUAUUAGUGGUGAUGGGAAGGAUGAAAAUGUCAAUGAUGAUGGUGCCAGCGAUCUUCAUUAUGCUGAAACUCAAAAUGAGAAGCAAAAGGUUUCAGAGCGUAUGUCGAGCUGGCACAUGAAUUAUGGACGAGGAGAAGAUAUUGGGGCACCAAAAUAUGACAAAGAGGUCUCCCACAAUCAUAUUCCUUUGCUUACAAAUGGAACAGACGUUUCUGGAGAACUGUCUGCAGCGUCACCUGGACGCCUUUCAAUGUCAUCUCCUCCACCUGGAGGUGGUGGUAAACCUAGGGCUGUGGAUCCAGUGAGGGAGUUUGGAUCUCCAGGAUUGGGCAAUGUCGCCUGGAAAGAGAGAGUUGAUGGCUGGAAGAUGAAGCAGGAAAAAAAUGUUGUUCCAAUGACAACUAGCCAUCCCCCUUCGGAAAGGGGAGCUGGUGAUAUUGAUGCCAGCACAGAUAUUCUUGUGGAUGACUCUUUGCUGAAUGAUGAAGCUCGACAGCCCCUUUCAAGGAAGGUUUCUGUGCCAUCAUCCAGGAUAAACCCUUACAGGAUGGUUAUUGUGUUACGACUUGUUAUUAUUUGCAUUUUCUUACACUACCGAUUGACAAAUCCAGUGCCAAAUGCAUAUGCUUUGUGGUUGAUAUCUGUGAUCUGCGAGAUCUGGUUUGCUAUAUCCUGGAUUCUGGAUCAGUUCCCGAAAUGGCUGCCAGUAAAUCGUGAAACAUAUCUCGAUAGACUCUCUCUUAGAUAUGAUCGAGAAGGGGAGCCUUCACAAUUAGCUGCUGUUGACAUAUUUGUCAGUACUGUUGACCCUUUGAAGGAGCCUCCUCUUGUUACAGCUAAUACGGUCUUAUCCAUUCUGGCGGUUGACUAUCCAGUGGACAAGGUCUCAUGCUACGUUUCUGAUGAUGGUGCUGCUAUGUUAACGUUUGAAGCUCUGUCAGAAACAUCAGAAUUUGCAAGGAAAUGGGUCCCUUUUUGCAAAAAGUACAAUAUUGAACCACGUGCUCCAGAAUGGUACUUCUGUCAGAAGAUUGACUACUUGAGAGAUAAAGUUCAUCCAUCAUUUGUCAAAGAUCGUAGGGCUAUGAAGCGAGAAUAUGAAGAGUUCAAAAUUCGUAUCAAUGCACUUGUCGCCAAGGCCCAAAAGAUUCCUGAAGAAGGUUGGGUCAUGCAAGAUGGUACACCAUGGCCAGGAAAUAACACCAGAGACCAUCCAGGAAUGAUUCAGGUUUUCCUAGGCCAAAGUGGAGGUCUUGACAGUGAGGGUAAUGAGCUGCCAAGGUUAGUGUAUGUUUCUCGUGAGAAGCGUCCAGGAUUCCAGCAUCACAAGAAAGCUGGUGCUAUGAAUGCACUUGUUCGUGUAUCAGCAGUUCUUACUAAUGGACCUUUCUUGUUGAAUCUUGACUGUGAUCACUACAUAAACAACAGCAAAGCUUUGCGAGAAGCAAUGUGCUUUCUUAUGGAUCCAAAUCUUGGAAAAUAUGUCUGUUAUGUGCAAUUUCCACAGAGAUUCGACGGUAUUGACAAGAAUGAUCGAUAUGCCAAUCGUAACACUGUCUUCUUUGAUAUUAACUUGAGAGGUUUGGAUGGUAUUCAAGGCCCUGUGUACGUGGGUACUGGAUGUGUCUUCAAUAGAACAGCUUUAUACGGUUAUGAGCCUCCUCACAAACCUAAGCAGAAGAAAUCUGGGUUUCUCUCUUCCUGUUUUGGUGGGUCAAGAAAGGAAAGUUCUAAAUCGAGCAAGAAGGGGUCAGACAAAAAGAAAUCUAAAAAGCAUGUUGAUCCCACUGUUCCAAUUUUCAGCUUGGAGGAUAUAGAGGAGGGUGUUGAAGGUGCUGGAUUUGAUGAUGAGAAGUCACUGCUUAUGUCCCAAAUGAGCCUUGAGAAAAGAUUUGGCCAGUCUGCAGUUUUUGUCGCAUCCACACUAAUGGAGAAUGGUGGGGUUCCUCAGUCUGCUACACCAGAGACUCUUCUAAAAGAGGCCAUUCACGUUAUCAGCUGUGGGUAUGAAGAUAAGGCAGAAUGGGGAAGUGAGAUUGGAUGGAUUUAUGGUUCUGUUACGGAAGAUAUUCUUACUGGAUUCAAGAUGCAUGCUCGUGGUUGGCGAUCAAUUUACUGCAUGCCUCCCAGACCAGCUUUCAAGGGAUCAGCUCCAAUUAAUCUUUCUGAUCGUCUCAACCAAGUGCUUCGAUGGGCUUUGGGAUCUGUGGAGAUUUUGUUUAGCAGACACUGUCCUAUAUGGUAUGGCUAUGGGGGAAGGUUGAAGUGGCUAGAGAGGUUUGCAUAUGUCAACACCACGAUUUACCCAAUCACUGCCAUUCCACUUCUUUUUUAUUGUACUCUGCCAGCAGUCUGUCUACUUACUGGAAAGUUUAUUAUCCCACAGAUCAGUAACCUUGCUAGUAUCUGGUUUAUAUCCCUCUUUCUUUCCAUCUUUGCUACUGGUAUACUGGAGAUGAGAUGGAGUGGUGUGGGAAUUGACGAAUGGUGGAGGAAUGAACAGUUUUGGGUGAUUGGAGGUGUUUCAGCUCAUCUUUUUGCCGUCUUCCAAGGGUUACUCAAAGUGCUUGCUGGAAUAGACACUAACUUCACUGUCACAUCGAAGGCCUCAGAUGAAGACGGGGAUUUUACUGAGCUCUACAUGUUCAAAUGGACAACGCUCCUAAUACCUCCCACAACUCUCCUCAUCAUAAACUUGGUGGGUGUUGUUGCAGGAAUCUCCUAUGCUAUCAACAGUGGUUACCAGUCAUGGGGUCCCCUCUUUGGAAAAUUGUUCUUUGCCUUCUGGGUGAUUGUUCAUCUCUAUCCUUUCCUCAAAGGUCUUAUGGGCCGUCAGAAUCGGACGCCCACUAUUGUUGUCGUGUGGGCCAUUCUUCUUGCUUCCAUCUUUUCAUUGUUAUGGGUGCGAGUUGAUCCAUUCACCACUAGAGUCACUGGCCCAGAUGUUGAGCUGUGUGGAAUUAACUGUUAA